UCUUGGUGCUCUGUGCGGAAGCGAUAUUGGUAGCUACCGGAAAUCAGUUUGAGGAAAAAGAUUUUCUUUCGGUUAUUAAACCUGUCCAGCACAUAUACUAGAGCAGCAACAAACUGUAGCCAAUUAACCCUCGGAUUCAAGUAUUAAAUCUAAGGUUUGUCUGUCGAUAAUACGCCCGGGUGCCGAGGCGGAACCAGAACCAGAACUAGACGUACGGACAGAGCCAGCGCUGCAUUUUGCGACACCGGCGGGCUGGUGUUUGUGUGCCGGAAUUGGCAUGCUGCUGAUAGGGAGAGUGUAAUGUAUGGCCGUGACUUGUUGUCUAUAGCUGGACAGCAUGUUCGCUGACGAGUCCCCAGUACUUGUGGUUCAUUAGGUCGGAUGUAACUAAAGGUUUGAGGCUGGAGCAUGGCACAGCGUGAAUUUAGCCAGACGGGAGGUAGCCUUAGCGCUAGCUAACACCUGAGCUAACGGACAUUAACUUUUACUCGCUAUCCAACUAGACAACGUAAGAAAAGUAUGAGCGGUAGACCUGGGCUUAUAUGAAUGAUAUGAGUUUACAUCGCUUACAAUUUGUCAGUUCCCCAGUUAGCUCGUUUAAAGGUCUGAUAAAUGUUUUUGGAGCGAGUAUAGCGGUGUAGCUAAGUCGUUAGCUGCUAAGUUAGCCUGCCUCAACCGCCCCCAUGAAAGAGUACAAAGUUGUCGUGCUGGGCAGCGGCGGCGUAGGCAAAUCUGCACUCACCGUCCAGUUUGUCACUGGCACCUUCAUCGAGAAGUACGACCCGACCAUCGAAGACUUCUACCGGAAGGAGAUCGAGGUGGACUCGUCGCCCUCUGUGCUGGAGAUCCUGGACACGGCGGGGACUGAGCAGUUCGCCUCCAUGAGAGAUCUGUACAUAAAGAACGGACAGGGGUUCAUCCUGGUCUACAGCCUGGUCAACCAGCAGUCAUUCCAGGACAUCAGACCGAUGCGAGACCAAAUAGUACGAGUGAAGCGUUUCGAGAAGGUGCCGUUGAUCCUGGUCGGGAACAAAGUCGACCUAGAGUCUGAGCGAGAGGUUGCCGGGUCAGACGGAAGAGCUUUGGCUCAAGAGUGGGGCUGCCCUUUUAUUGAAACUUCAGCCAAGAGCAAGACCAUGGUGGAUGAGCUGUUUGCAGAGAUUGUCCGUCAGAUGAAUUAUUCCGCACUGCCAGAGAAGCAGGAACAGUGCUGCACAGCCUGCGUGGUACAGUGAGGAAGAGAUGCACAAUUUGUUUGGAUCAUCACAAGCAUUUUGAUGAACCUGGAGACAACCUAACAUUUGCCCUACUGACAAAAAACUUACCGCAGCUGGUAAGUUUCUGUUCACAAUGAUGGUUUUCAGUCUGUCUCAGAGCAUCUGACCGGAAAGACGUCAGUCUUAUUUUUGAUAUUGCAACUUUUAGAAGACAUUUCUGCUGCAACCUUAACGGCCUUUGCGAUGACCCAGAAUGGAGUCAGACAGACAGACAGACGGACUUAUAAGAACGGCCACCUGUGAAUUUAAGUCUUUUUUGUUUUCCUUUCACCCAGAAGUAUCCCUAAAAUAAUAAGCAGGAGUGUUUGUGAGAUCGCAGCUUCUUUUUUCAAGCUGCUUUAAUCACUAUAAUAUAUUUUAUGUUUACUUGUAUUAUGUAUUUCAUAAUAUUUGAAACAUUUUGACUUUUAAGUGUGCAUACUUUGACCAGUUUGCUGCCCAGGUAUACUGCUUGCUUUAUUUUGAAAAUCUUGUCUAAAAUAUUUCUUCUAACUGACAUAAACUACAGCAAGAUGUACCCUACAGGAUGUACUACUAUGUAGAUUGUUAUCACUGUAGCCACCAACCCACUCUGGUGCACUGCAGUUCAAGAAUUUACUAUUUUUAUUAGCACAGUAGCCUCAAACAGCUAAACACAUCUGAGAACAUGCAUGCUCAAAACAGAAAAUGUUCUGCUAAAGCCACAUGAGGUAAUAUGGAAGAGUUGUUUUUGUUUUGUCUUUUUUUUUUGCCUGAAUUCUGUCAAAGUCUCGUGACAAGGCAUGAAUCACAUGGACACAGGUCUUCCAUUUUCAGUUUUCUUCAGGAUCCUAUGUAGGGGAAUGAUUUUGGAAUGACAAAAGGAAGCUCACAGUGCAUAUUUGUGUUUGACUACAUGCUGUAUGUUGCUUUAAAUCCGAGAGAUGCUGAUUUGUUAUCACUUAACUCCCGCUGUAGUGUGGAUUGGUCAAAGCUCUGGCACAGUUAAUAAGAUUUAACUUUAUAUUUUUCUUUUUCUUAUAGUAAGCUAUUUAUUAAAAUCUAAUGACCUGGGUAGUGUGUUUUAAACAUUUAAUUUUUUUACUAGUUUUUACUUUUUGUGACUUUUCAGGAUUUAUAGCAUUUUUUUGUUGGGUUUUGUUUAUUGAAGCUGAGAAUUUAACAGAGCCUUAAAUAAUUUCUCUUGCACACUG